GGGAGGGGAGAGCGGGUCACGACGCUGCGGGGGCGGGGAUAACCCCUCACGUGGAGCAGAUGAAAGGGCCGCGGCGCGACGGCCGGGGGAGCGGAGCAGAGCCUGCGACCCACAAAGCCGCCGCCGCCGCGAUGGUGCUGUGAGGCGCUCGGUCCUCCGCCGGCCCGCGACUAUGCCCGGCCGCGCCCGCCCUCCGCGCCCUCCCGCCGCAGGACCAUGAGGCCACGCUCGGGCGGGCGCCCAGGGGCCCCGGGCCGCCGCCGCCGUCGCCUCCGCCGCGGCCCCCGCGGUCGUCGCCUGCCGCCGCCGCCGCCGCUGCCGCUGCUUCUCGGGCUGCUGCUGGCGGCCGCGGGGCCCGGCGCGGCGCGGGCCAAGGAGACGGCGUUCGUGGAGGUGGUGCUGUUCGAGUCGAGCCCGAGCGGCGACUACACCACCCACACCACCGGCCUCACGGGCCGCUUCUCGCGGGCCGGGGCCAUGCUCAGCGCCGAGGGCGAGAUCGUGCAGAUGCACCCACUAGGCCUAUGUAAUAACAAUGACGAAGAGGACUUGUACGAAUAUGGCUGGGUAGGAGUGGUGAAGCUCGAACAGCCAGAAUUGGACCCCAAACCAUGUCUCACUGUCCUGGGCAAGGCCAAGAGAGCAGUUCAGCGGGGAGCUACUGCCGUUAUCUUUGACGUAUCUGAAAACCCAGAAGCCAUCGACCAGCUAAACCAAGGCUCUGAAGACCCCCUUAAGAGGCCAGUGGUGUAUGUGAAGGGUGCAGAUGCUGUCAAGCUGAUGAACAUUGUCAACAAGCAGAAAGUAGCUCGAGCAAGGAUCCAGCACCUCCCUCCUCGACAACCCACCGAGUACUUUGACAUGGGGAUUUUCCUGGCAUUCUUCGUCGUGGUCUCCUUGGUCUGCCUCAUUCUCCUUGUCAAAAUCAAGCUGAAGCAGCGUCGUAGUCAGAAUUCCAUGAACAGGCUGGCCGUGCAGGCUCUGGAGAAGAUGGAAACCAGAAAGUUCAACUCCAAGAGCAAGGGGCGCCGGGAAGGAAGCUGUGGGGCCCUGGAUACACUUAGCAGCGGCUCCACAUCCGACUGUGCCAUCUGUCUGGAGAAGUACAUUGAUGGAGAGGAGCUUCGGGUCAUCCCGUGUACCCAUCGAUUCCACAGGAAGUGUGUGGAUCCAUGGCUACUGCAGCAUCAUACCUGUCCCCACUGUCGGCACAACAUCAUAGAACAAAAGGGAAAUCCAGGUGCUGUUUGUGUGGAGACAAGCAACCUUACCCGUGGUCGGCACCCAAGAGUGACCCUACCAGUACAUUACCCAGGCCGUGUGCAUAGGACCAAUGCCAUCCCAGCCUACCCUACUAGGACAAGUAUGGACUCCCAUGGCAACCCUGUCACAUUGCUAACCAUGGACCGGCAUGGGGAGCAGAACCUCUAUUCUCCACAAACACCCACCUACGUCCGUGGUUACCCACCCCUGCACCUGGACCACACUCUGGCCCCUCAUCGCUGCAGCCUGGAACACCGGGCCUACUCACCAGCCCAUCCCUUCCGCAGGCCCAAGUUCAGCAGCCGCAGCUUCUCCAAGGCAGCUUGCUUCUCCCAGUAUGAGACCAUGUACCAACACUACUACUUCCAGGGUCUCAGCUACCCAGAGCAGGAGAGCCAGCCGGUACCUAGCGUCACACCCAGGGGCCAGUCCCGUGCCUUCCCACCAAGUGGUGGCAGCAGCCUGCUCUUCCCCACCAUGGUGCAUAUGGCCCCUCCAGCCCAUGUGGAGAGUGGCAGCACGUCUAGCUUCAGUUGCUACCACGGGCACCGUUCUGUGUGUAGUGGCUACCUGGCUGACUGUCCUGGCAGCGAUAGCAGCAGCAACAGCUCUGGCCAGUGCCGCUGCUCUUCCAGUGACUCUGUGGUGGACUGCACAGAAGUCAGCAACCAAGGUGUGUAUGGGAGCUGCUCCACCUUCCGAAGCUCCCUCAGCAGCGACUAUGACCCCUUCAUCUACCGCAGCCGGGGGCCUGCUGUGCACCUUGAGGGCUCCCCGCCACCAGAGGAGCUUCCAGCAGCCCACAAUCAAGGUGCUGGGCGGGGUGAGCCAUGGCUAGGCCCUGCCUCUCCCUCAGGGGACCAGCUGUCCACCUGCAGCCUGGAGAUGAACUACAGCAGCAACUCCUCGCUGGAACCCAGAGGGCCCAACAGCUCUACCUCAGAAGUGGGGCUCGAGGUUUCUCCUGGGGCCGCCCUGGACCUCAGGAGGACCUGGAAAGGGGGCCCAGAGGGACCAUCAUGUGCUUGCUGCUUUGAGCCCCAGCCCGUCACGCUGGGCUCUGGGAUAGGAACAACUGCAGGUGGUAGCAGCUUAUUCCUGGGUCCCCGACUCCUUGAGGACUGCAACCCUGCAAGUGGGGAGCCACAACUAGGGAGCUCCCAGGGCCUGUAUGGCCUUCACUCAGACCAUUAUCCUAGGACAGAUGGGGUGAAAUAUGAGGGCCUGCCCUGCUGCUUCUAUGAAGAGAAGCAGGUGGCCCACAGUGCUGGCAGGGGCAAUGGCUGCUACACUGAGGACUAUUCAGUGAGUGUGCAGUACACACUCACCGAGGAACCCCCACCCAGCUGUUAUGCAGGGGCCCGGGACUUGAGCCAGCGCAUCCCCAUUAUUCCAGAGGAUGUAGACUGUGACUUGGGCUUGCCCCAAGACUGCCAAGGGAGGCACAGCCACAGCCCCUGGGGUGGAGCACUGGGCUUGGACGGUCCCCGACUCCAAUGGAGUCUGGGGACAACCCGGAAAGAGGAACAGGCUCCAUGUUACCAAGCUGAGGUGCAGCCUGGCUGCUCUCCAGAGGAGGCAGAUGCUUCCAGGGCUAGCCUCUCCAGUGCCCCCCAGGACACUCAGGAGUCCCUUGCCCUGGCUGCUGAGGCUUCAGGUGAGAACAGAUGACAGUAGUAUUUGUAUAGAGAUCCUUGUCUCAGGCCUUUUGUGUUUGGCUCCCUCUGUGCCCUUGGCUUCUGUACCUGAUGACUUUCAAACAUUGCUUCUCCACCCUACCCAUCUUCAAACCUUCUAGCCAUGAUGCUUCCCAUCAGAUGCUUCAGAUCUCGAAAGCGUAUCUCAAUUUUACUAACUAUUCCGCAUCUCCUAUAGUUUCCCUUAGUCUAUCCCCGUGCCUGCUAGAGAGCAAAGUCCUGACAAAGGUCACUGCAAUUGCUUGCUGUUCCACCUGGGAGACCCAAGUCACGGUCCUUAUACUAAAAAAUGCUGUAACGGCUUUCAUUUACCUUUAUGUCUGGUUUUGUGUGUUUUUGUUUUUGAGACAGGGUUUCUCUGUGUAGACCAGGCUGGUCUUGAACUCAGAUCUCCCUGCUUCUGCCUCCGGAGUACUGGGAUUAAAGGCGUGCACUAACACUGCCCAGUAUAAGACAUCUUCUAAAUGGAGAUGCUCCUUUUGAUCCAGCCUUUGUCCUGUUUCUGCAGCAUGCCAGGUUCAUUUCCAUCUCCGUCUGAGAUCCUUCCGGCUUUCCUUUCCCCAUCAGUGUCAUUGAUCCCUCUGCUAUCGCCUAGGUCAUCUCAAGCCAGGCACCUCAUGGAAGAUCUGUGUGAUCUGUGGUGGGUUUUCCCUGGUUGUUCAGUGCCCCUGGGAAUUCACUUAACCUCACUUCUACCUAUGCUUCCGUGACAUCCUAGGGUUUCCAGAAGUUUCAGUAUAGCAUAGCCAUCAAGGGAGAUCUGCUCAACCCGCCCUGACAGCUGCUCUCACUGUAGACUUGAGCUCCCCAAGAAAGGAACCAUUGCUGCCCCCUUUAUCACACAUGUAGUCCACUCACCGUCAUGAACUGUCACUUCCAAGGGCCCCGUAGACAGAGGAUAUCGAUGCUCAAGGCCUUGCCCGACACACACUGCCCAAAGCCUGCUGUGCUGGCACUCUCUCUCCACACCCUCGAUGACUCUUCUCCCUCUCUCUCCCAGGACCAGGAUCUGGCCCAGGCAUCGGUACGGGAGCUUGAGCUCAGAAGGAACCCUUAUGUAGAAAUCGUGAACUGUAUGGAGACUUUAAAGUCUGGCUUCCUUCAAAACUACUACACACACACACACACACACACACACACACACACACACACAUACACACACACAUAUAUAUAUAUUAGCUUUGACAAACACAAAAGUGGUAAUAAAGAGAGCCCUCCUCAACCCAAAAUGUGAGCCACCUGUGGCAUCCCUUCCCCAUUAGCAAACCAACAGACGAAAUCUCUUGAGUCCUUUGCCUCUUUAAUAAUGUGUUCUGUUUUGUAAUGUGUGCUUGGGUUUCUGAGGUGUGUGGGAUUGAGUUCUCUGUUUUUUUUUUCUAAGAUAUUAUAUAUAAAUGUAAAAAGUUAUUUAAAUAUAUAUAUUUUAAAGAACCCUAACUACCAACUUCUGUUGAAAAAGAAAAAAAAAAUCACUGCUGCAUUAAAUGAACCACGUCAUGUGUUGAUACUGUCGUCUCCCUGGAGGGACCUCAGGCCUUUGAAAAGCUCAGGGUUACACCUGCCUUAUUGAAAAUGAACCAGAAACUUGAAGUAAAAAGCUAGUUGAUAUGGGUACAGACUCCAAGGAACAAUACAAAGCUGCCUCUUCCUUUUUCCCUUUUUUGAGGCAAAUCUGGACUUGGGGGUUUCCGGGAAGCCAACCUGUAGGCAGCAGUAGAACAGGAGGGAAGUUGGGCAGUGUCAAACUGUUGUCGCCCAGUCAGUGGGGACAGUUCUGCCCAUUCUCUUCUGUUCCUCUGGCUCAUCAUCCAAAUAAGAACAGAGAUCUCGGUCUUUCUCCCGCAGAGGCCGUCCAUGACUGUGACCAGCCCUGUUACCAGGGUCUCUCUUCUGCACUCUAACCCCUGGGCAAGGGAAGAGGCGCUCUCACUCUGUCUUGCCUUGGAGUCUAAUGUAAAAUCAUUUUGGGAUUCAUCAAUUGCAGGGGUAAUUUAAAUGGGGUGUGCAGGGUGGACCCCCAGGAGGAAUGUUGCUUUGUGGCCUUGGUGUCCUGUGGGACUAGAGGAACAAGCUUUCCUCUCUCUCUAGCAGUGCACUGUCCCUUGAAAGGUAUGUUAGGGCAUACUUGUGCCCAUGGGUCUGGGGGUCAGCUGUUGCCCCCAUAGGUUGCCUUCCUGGGGGACACAUGCUUGAUCCACAGGAGUGUACUAAGCUCCAACUGAACCAGUCUCCCAUUCCCAGAAACAGGCCCUGGGGCUCUUUAGGCCUCUGCUUGGUGGCUGCAGUGGCUCAUCGGGCCAGCAGAUGUCUGCCAGCCUGUCUGCCUGAUGCACUAGUAUGUACUGACUCUCAUGAGACAGACUAUCAGAUAGUUCGGACCCAAAGGGUAGGCUUUUGUAUAUUUUUUUCCAGCCUCUUUUUUUAAGGGGGGGGGAGUUUUUUAAACCCAAACCACUUUUGGUUGUUUUUGUUGUUAUUGCUUUUAAGAUGUUUUGUUAAUUUUUAAAAGGGAGAGAGAAUCUAUUUAAAACCACUUCAGGGAUUGUAAUCCUUUUUAUUCAAUAUAGUCCUCAUUCUUAAAGUAUUUUCUUUUCCUUAGAGGAAGCUAGUCUCUUGGCCCUGUGUUCGCUAACUCUCCUGGUCACUUUAAGUCAUUCAUUUAGCAGAUGUCUUUUGCCAUCAGGAAGAGUUUGGCCCAAAGGGUCUGAAAGCUCAUUUACAGAAUGGGGACCACCCUGGGUUGCGAGAGACAGAAAUGACCCUUCUUCCAGUCAGGCUCCUGGGAAGUCAUCCCAGGAUCCAGACUGCACGUUUUUGAGAUGAUCAGAAUACUUUAUUCUUUAAAAUCCCAUUCUAAGAUGAGGAAAUUUACUUAUUUCUAUCCAGAAUCUAACAAAAGAAGUCCCACAUCAAAUGGUCCAGCCAUUUGCCCUUUAGGAAGUAGCCAUGGUAAAAGUUGUCCUUCUGCCCAACUCUGGGUGUCGGUCUCUUGAGGCUUCUCCCCUGGGCUAUGCCCAGUGCACCUGUUGCCGAGGGUGUGAGAAGGGCCUAAGCUGCUGAUAUGUGAUCGGGGCUGCCUUUAUUUCUGGGGCCAGGAGCAGCAGCUGCUAAGAACGGUGGCUUGCUUUACUGUGCAGGGGAAUGGGGGCGCAGCUUUUAACAUGACCUGCAAAGUGCAGCGUCUCAUUGUUGAGAUGUUUGUUGUUUCUGGGUUUGCUUUUUUUGUUUUAGUGUCUAUAUGUGCAUGUUUCUCCAUUGGCUGAAACAGACCCCAGAAAGACUUGCCUUUGUCCUGCCUGGCUAGAAAACCACUUCUCAGAACUCAUAGAUGAGUAGAGAAUUUGAAUGCCACUAGACAGAGUCAAAUAAACUCCCUUGAGAAAAUGCUAUUGGUGGGUGCUGGGAACUGGUAAUUGUUGUAGUUUUGGGCUAGGAGAACAAAAGGAAGAUUUAGAACAAUUAUCAUGUUUGCACUGCCACAUCAGACCAGAAUAAAUCCUUCUCUCGUGCCACCAUUUACAUCAGAAGAAAAUAAUGUCUGAAGUUCUGAGACUCCCAGAACUGUUGGUGCCCUCUCUGGGGGAGGAGAAGGUGUAAGAGGAAUGUCAAUAGUAUGUGGUAAUUGUAUAACAUGGACAAGGAGCACCCCCACUUUCCCCUGGGAGCCCCUAUAACAUCUGAGUGUGUGAUAGCAAGUAUGGGCUUGAUACUAGCCUUGGGUAUAAAACAGCCAUGUCAACUCAAAUUCUAGAAUCGGAUGAAAAUGGAAGUUUAGUCAUUCUGUACCAUGAGGUGCCUCUGUGGUCGCAGCUCCAGAAGCUGGCCAUCUCCAGGCCCAGACCAUUUUAUUAGCUUCCAACGUUAGUCCUGUGGUUCAGGCCCUCCCCUAUGUGCUUCUGGUCUCAAAGUUCACACAAGACUAAUGCUUUUAAAAUGUGGUCUGUAAAAGAAAAUAUCAUCUUUUAAGCUGAUCUGCCUUUUUCUAUUUCUUACAUAAACUUUGUAUCGUGUUGGUCUAACAAGACACUAUUUUAAUUUUAUUUCUCCCAUAGCACUUAAUAUUUUGUAAAGAUUUUUUUGUGAUAAAAUGGUCUAAGGGCUCUUUUUCAACAUUACCAUUUUAAAAACUGUUUUAAAAGCUAGAAAACAACUUAUGUAUAUUCUGUAUAUGUAUAGCAGCACAUUUCAUUUAUGGAAAUAUGUUCUCAGAAUAUUUAUUUACUAAUAUAUUUAUCUUAAGCCAUGUCUUAUGUUGAGAGUGUGACAUUGUUGAAAUAAUCAUUGAAAAUGACUAACAAGGCCCUGUAAAUACAUGAUAAUUGCACACAGAUUUUACAUAUUUGCAGACCAAAAAUGAUUUAAAACAAGUUGUAGUCUUCUAUGGUUUUGUAACAAAUUGUACAAAUGACUGUAAAAAAAAAAAAAUACAAUUUUAUCAAGUA